AUGAAUCCAGAUCCAGUCUUUGCUCCUCACUCAGUCACACUCUCAAAAUUCCGCGAGUAUCUGGAGGGGAGUAAUCUGAUCUCCAAACUGCAGGCCAAACACGACAUCCUGAAGAAAGCCUUAGCCGAGGGAUAUAAAGCUGACCUCCUGACCACCAGUCGUGGGCGGAAGAACUCCCACAGCAAGCACCAGGAUUCAACCAAAGCCAUACCUUUGCUUGUGGAGAGCUGCAUCCGCUACAUCAACCUCCACGGGCUUCAGCAUCAAGGGAUCUUUCGUGUGUCGGGUUCUCAGGUCGAGGUCAACGACAUCAAGAACUCCUUUGAGAGAGGUAACGACCCGCUGAUCGACGAGGAGAGCAACCACGACAUCAACUCUGUGGCCGGAGUGUUGAAGCUUUACUUCAGGGGUUUGGAAAACCCGCUGUUCCCCAAGGACCGCUUCAAUGACCUCAUCUCCUGCGUCCGUAUUGAGAACAUGUACGAGAGGGCGCAGUGCAUCAGGAAGAUCCUGCUGGGAGUCCCGAGGGCGACGCUGGUGGUGAUGCGUUACCUGUUCGCCUUCCUCAACCAUCUCUCUCAGUACAGCGAUGAAAACAUGAUGGAUGCUGGGAACCUGGCCAUCGUGUACGGCCCCACCCUCCUGCCCACGCCCGAGACCCUGGACCAGGUGGCGUGUCAGGCGCACGUGAACGAGGUCAUCAAAACGGUCAUCCUGAACCACGACAACAUCUUCCCCGACACCAAGGAGCUGCCGGGACCGGUCUACGAGAAGUGCAUGACUGGAGACCAGUACUGCGAGAGUCCGUUCAGCGAGCCGGGGGCGCUGGAGGAGGCCGAGCCCGACGGCGGCACCGAGACCCAGACCAGCGACGAGGAGGGUGAGGCUGUGGAGGCGGUGGCGAGGUUCGACUACGUGGGCCGGUCGGGUCGCGAGCUCUCCUUCAAGAAGGGAGCGUCCCUGCAGCUCUACCAGCGCGCGUCACAUGACUGGUGGGAGGGGCGGCUCAACGGAAACCACGGCCUGGUGCCUCACCAGUACAUCGUGGUGAAGGACAGGGCCGACGCCAUGUCGGACACGCUCAGCACCAAGGCGGACAGCGACGGAGGAAGCAGCAGCACCGACGACAAGCGGUCGAGGAGCGAGCUGAGCUCCCCGACUGACAUCAGACCUCCAGAGACCUACAACAGCCACAGGAGGAAGAGGACCGACGGUUUGUUCCGCCGCCCCCUCGGCCGCUCCAACGACAGCCACUGCCACGGUAACGGGGGGAUGAUGGAGCGGAGUUCCCCGCCGGUGACGGGUCACUUCAGUCCCAGGGAGCUGCUGCUGGGACGAGGGCAGGGCAUGACUCCGCCCCUCGACAGCCCGGAGCGCCGCCGCCGCUCUGCCGCCGCCGUGACCAUGACGGUGAGCCGACAUGAUUCGCUGAGGAGGCCGGAGGACACGCCCAUUCGGCGCUCGUGCAGCGGGCAGCACGGCUUCGGAGACUCUCACCGGUCCAGAGGGAUGGAUCCUGAUACACUGGCGCAGGACAUCGAGGAGACGGUGACGGUGGCGCUCGGCGAGCUCCGUCAGCUGGAGCGGCAGGGCUGCAGACCGGCUCCCGACGUGGUCCUGGACACCCUGGAGCAGGUGAAGAACGGCCCCAUCACCACCUGCUCCUCCGAGUCCCCGUCCCCCCACAGCACCCCCAGCACGCCGGGGACACCCGGAACCCCUGGCACCCCUGGGACUCCCGGCACUCCCGGUACACCUGGCACCCCGAGCCCUCUGAGUCCUCUGAGCCCCCUCAGCCCGCUCCCCGGACCUCCACCUGGACCUCCGAGGCCGUCCAACCCUUCCCCUGACACCCUGGGCUCCUUCAAACCUGUCGCGGCCGCCCGUAUCGGCGUCCCCUUGAGGCCUCCUGCUCUGCGCCCCAAACCUGUGGUCCCGCCUAAGAGCAGCACCCCACCUCUUCCCUCGCCGCUGGACAAAUCCUGCACCAUGUGAGCCAAACCAGGCCGACCGUUAAAGGCCGAAUCAGGCCUACCCGGGCCAAAACUGGGCCAGAAGAGGAGAUCAGGGUACUGCUUAGUGUUUCUAAUCAAAACAUAUGAGGGUAGAAAAGGUAGGAAGGACGAGAAGGGUUUUAAUGUAGUAAUAACUCUAAUAUAUGACAUGACCUAUGAUAUGAUAUGCCAUGAUAUUUAUGUGUCGUCAGGUUGGUGUGUACUCUCUUGGUGUGUAGGAGUUUACUUUCUCCAUGUAUCGAAGCAUUUAUUAAAGGAUAGCUAAAAGAAGGGACGAUGAAGAGACACGGGAGCCGGCGUGGGCCGAGCUUCCUGACAUGUAUAUGAAGAAAGAAAGAAACGUGGGGAGUGUAGUUCAGCUCCAGUUAAAAUGUAGUUCUAAGUGACGUGAAUGUUGGCUGUACUGUCAUGACGGUAGAAGAAGAAGAAGAAGAAGAAGAAGAAGAAGAAGAAGAAGAAGAAGAAGAAGAGUCUGUGGAGGGGUUUUUAGAGACUAUCACGAUCGGCUGCUGUAUCUGUGACGAGAGACUCCAUGAGGAAGGAAGAGAGGACACAAAAAACAACGUCUCAAUGAUAUCUGUGUGACUGAUUCUGAUUUAUUUUUCUAUUCUGUUUCAGCUGCUAAGCUCACUUGUACACCUCAAACCACGAAACGCCUCCUGAGGUCGUCAGUGACACCAAACUCACAUUAUUUAAACCUUGAAUGUUUCCAGUAUUUAAACGACUGUUCAGCCAUCUUAUUGAAUGUUCAGCGGGUCGCUCGUUCGGCGGCUCGCUCGACUUUUUUAACAGCCUUUCUUGUGUUUUAUCUGAGAAAAAACCUGCGCCCCCAGAUGGAGCUUCAAACAGGGUGAGUUAGGAGGUGGAGAGAGGGCUUGGACAGAACUUUUCUGGGAUGGUAGGUGUAUGAUUUUGUUCCUGUGUGUGUGUGUGUGUGUGUGAGAGGAGUGUGUGUGUCCUGCUUGCCUGCCCUUGUUCUGCUCUCUUGUAAGUGCAGAAGUACUAGAAUAGUGAUAGAUGAUAGAUUAUUCAUGCCUGCCUUGAGUGCCAGAACACGCAAGUGCAAGUUUGGAGGGGACAAACGAGUGCAAAAAGCAUGCCACUUUCUAUGUGUGUGUGUGUGUGUGUGUGUGUUGGGAUAAUAGUUUACCUGCUUGUGAAGUCACUGAAGUCACUACUUAACCUUAAAUUCACAAUAAGCUAACAGGGUGGGGCUUUGUGUGUAAACGCCCAAAAAAAGAGUCAAACACUUGAACAGCACACUGAAUGUGGCCUCCGCCGGGCUGGUAACUGACGUGAGUGUGAUCCAAAUGAGACACGACGUGCAGAGACGGGUGCACAUCUGUGUGUGUGUGUGUGCGUGUGUGUGUAUGUGAAAGUGCCUUUUUUUUAAUCCUUGUCUUUUUUGGGGGAAGUUGUGAAUCCACUCACGCAUGUCCUGAAACGAAGAGCAGCAGCACUCUGAAUGAAAUAAUCAUAAAGUGUUUAGUAGAUUAACUGAAUUAUGAAUUCUAGCAUUAACCCAUUGUGACAUUGCACUUUGAUGUAUAGGAUCGUGUACUUGGCAUGUAGCAUCAUAACAUGUUGGUGCAUUUUAACUCAACAAGGGAGGUUUCUUUGAAUGUGUUUCAUAAUAAAGGAAAUGGUUUUUUGUCCGUUAGUGUUGCCGUAUUUGAAAAACUGAGCGUCCUGAAGACGAGCUCCUCGUAUAGCCAAAUGGAUUGUAUCAAUGUGUUGUAUUUAUAUUAUAAAUAAAUCGGAUUAAAUUAGAAACAAAGUCAUUAACUGAUGGAACCUUUCUCUAAAUGAAAUGUCGCUAAAUGUUUGAUUUGAACACUCAAUAAACCUCCAGGUGUGUUCUGUGAAA